AUUCGUGUGCAACUCGAAUCGAAUCGAUCGGUCGGCUGCACUGCACGCCUCAGCAAUGGCGACGAAGCGAGCGCUCGUGAUACUGGCGAAGGGAGCUGAGGAGAUGGAGACCGUCAUUCCGACAGACGUGCUGCGGCGAGCCGGGAUUAAGGUAACGCUGGCCGGGCUGACGGGGCCCGAGCCGGUGCAGUGCAGCCGUGAUGUCGUCAUCUGUCCGGACACCAGCCUGGAGAAGGCAACGGCCGAGGGUCCCUAUGACGUCGUGGUGCUGCCAGGGGGAAACCUGGGCGCUCAGAAUCUCGCCGAGUCGGCGGCGGUUAAAUCGGUUCUGCAAGCCCAGAUGGACAGGAAGGGACUUAUCGCUGCCAUCUGUGCAGGCCCCACAGCACUAAAAGCACACGGCAUCGCGUUUGGAAGCAAGGUGACCACUCACCCGCUCGCCAAGGACAAGAUGAUGGAGGGUGGCCACUACGUGUACUCGGAGGCGCGCGUGGAGCGCGACGGCAACGUGAUCACGAGCCGCGGGCCCGGCACCAGCUUCGAGUUUGCGCUCUUCAUCGUCGAGGCGCUGCUGGGCGCCGACGCCGCCAGCGCCGUGAAGGCGCCGCUCGUCCUCAAGGAUUAGAGCCGGAGGCUCGCGGCGGCGCCGGGCCGAGCGUCAUCGGGCGGGCGAGAGGAGAGAGCCGGGGCUGGCGGGCUGGCGGGCUGGCGGUACGGGGCGAUGCCGUUGCCUGGUGGUGACGAGCAGCUGUGAUGUCGGUAACAACAACGACCACAACAACAGCGGCGGCGGCGACUUCAGUUUUACCGAGGCUGGUGGUGAUCGGGAUCACAGUGUGUCGGUAGAAAGUAGAUAUCAACCGCAGCAGCAGCAGUAGCAAUAGCAUUUUAACUUCAGAAUCGCAAUCAGAAUCUUUAUUUAGACUGUUAGGAGGAAUCCGAUGAGCCAUGAAGCUCUUUGUUUGGAGAUUUCCAGUAGGGGGUGGUAGGAGUGUAAAGAAGUUCAACGUACUUAUGGGAAAGGUAAACAUGACACUUAUAAUAAAUCAUUAAUACUCAGACAUUUGUUUUUAUGAGUACUAAAUUGCUAAAAAAAUUAUUCCUGCCGAUUUUCCAACAAUAAAUGCAACUUACCUGGGGUAUAAAUUCUGCAAUAUAAAUACAGUGGUAAACGCAUUGUAUGCUUGUAUAUACGUUCAACUUCUUUCGCACCGUACGUUGCCAUUGUGCGCCCUACGCCCAAUCACCCGAGUUCGAUUGCUGGCCGACGUUAACAUCAGUGGCGAGCGAUAUCUGAACCGGUCCUGGGCCUUCAUCCAGCAGCUGAUUGACACAAUCAUGUAAUAAAUAAUUAAAAAAUAUAUCGCUUCUCAAAACGCUUUACUGGAGUACCAAGUAAACAUAAAACAUCGGGAGUACCUUUCGUGAACGGUCAUUUUUUUUUCCCCCAUUCCGCAUGAGUGGGGUAUGGCCUGCGCGUGCUAUGGCGCAUUGACGAGUCACAAGGUUCAUUAGCCAGAGGGAGUUAAAAAAUAUACAACUGUGCGUGACACAGACACGUUUAGUACUCACAGGCAUGUUUAUCCAGUGGCUGUAUGCACAUCUCACAGCUAUCGCGGCUGUAUCACCCGUAGUAGUAGCACAUCAAUAAAUAAUCCAAGAUUGGUCGUACUGUUGAUUUAACCAUGAAGAUAACCACAUUGUGAUUCCACUGAUUCACUACUUGAGCAAGAUAUUGGAUCGUUAUGUGCGAACGUGAUGGUGUCUUUUAUUUUACAAAUCGCUCUCUGAUAAAGGCAAUCCAAAGAAAUGUUUUGACAUCGUAAAUCGUGAAGCACUGUUAUCAGCGAUAUUCCAGUUCAGUUGUUAUGAAUGCAUUAUGAGCGCCUCUGAAAUCCCGAUGCGUUCACCAGCAAUUCCACUGUCGUACAUGAUACGAUCGAUACCCACAGGUACUGUCGUGAAAGUUCCUCAAAUUGCACUAAAAUGAACAAUGAAUGUGAUAUAAAUAUAUAUACGCUAGGGUUUUGCCCCCCCCACCACCUCGCCCCCCCCCCCACCCUAAGGUAAUGGCUUUCAAAAGAGAUGUGUGGUUAUAAAAAAUGUUGGAUAACCGACACAAAUAUUUAGUGAACUGUUAAUGAUCAUGGAAAGCCAUCCCCUUUGGCUUUCAGAGUGACAUCGAGCGCCAGAUUUGCGCGUCGGUGAAAGGUCCCGAAACGUCGUGCUUAUUUUUGGUUAAGGUCCUUGCUUUUGUGCCUAUCAUCGAGAAUGGGGAAAAUAGCCAAAAGGUUUUUAUUUGGAUUUUGGCUUCACGAUGUGAUCCUGGUUCUGUGUGACAAUGACAAACAAGUUUAGAAAUAAAUGUAUUGAAAAAACCCACUGUA